CCAGCAGCUGCGGGGGAGUUUCCUGCCGGCGCGGCUGGAGUCUGUGUUUCUCAGUGUCCGCUGGCUGGAAGAUGCUCCAGAGAGACGAGGCUGAGGCGGAGGAGGUGGCGGCGGCCGAAUCGGCAGCGGCGCUAGGGUGGAGAGAAGGCGGCAGCGGCAGCGGCGGCGGCGGCUUGAGGAGCCGGGCGGUGUAAACAGCCCCGGCCGAGGCGGUGGCCGAGACCCCGAGGACGAAGCGACGGCCGAGGCAGGGUCGCGCCUCGGUCGGAAACCUGGGCUGAGUGGCCUCGGUUGGGGGUGGGAGGGCUCCGCGGCGGGCGCCGAGCGAGAAGCCCUUAGACUUGGCCUCCGUCCCUCGCCCCAGAUUCAAUAUUAAACAUGGGUGCAUUUUUGGAUAAACCCAAAACUGAAAAACAUAAUGCUCACGGUGCUGGAAAUGGUUUACGCUACGGCCUGAGCAGCAUGCAAGGAUGGAGAGUGGAGAUGGAAGACGCACACACAGCUGUUGUGGGGAUUCCUCACGGCUUAGAAGACUGGUCAUUUUUUGCAGUGUAUGAUGGUCAUGCUGGAUCCCGAGUGGCAAACUACUGCUCCACACAUUUGUUAGAACACAUAACUACCAACGAAGACUUUAGGGCAGCUGGAAAAUCAGGAUCUGCUCUUGAGCCUUCAGUGGAAAAUGUCAAGAAUGGUAUCCGAACUGGCUUUUUGAAAAUUGAUGAAUAUAUGCGUAACUUUUCAGACCUCAGAAACGGGAUGGACAGGAGCGGUUCUACUGCAGUGGGAGUUAUGAUUUCACCUAAGCAUAUUUACUUUAUCAACUGUGGCGAUUCACGUGCUGUUCUCUAUAGGAAUGGACAAGUCUGCUUUUCUACCCAGGAUCACAAACCAUGUAAUCCAAGGGAAAAGGAGCGGAUUCAAAAUGCAGGAGGCAGUGUAAUGAUACAGCGUGUUAAUGGUUCAUUAGCAGUGUCUCGUGCUCUGGGGGACUAUGAUUACAAGUGUGUUGACGGCAAGGGCCCAACAGAACAGCUUGUUUCUCCAGAGCCUGAGGUUUAUGAAAUGUUAAGAGCAGAAGAGGAUGAAUUUAUCAUCUUGGCUUGUGAUGGGAUCUGGGAUGUUAUGAGUAAUGAGGAACUCUGUGAAUUUGUUAAAUCUAGGCUUGAGGUAUCUGAUGACCUGGAAAAUGUGUGCAAUUGGGUAGUGGACACUUGUUUACAUAAGGGAAGUCGAGAUAACAUGAGUAUUGUACUAGUUUGCUUUUCAAAUGCCCCCAAGGUCUCGGAUGAAGCAGUGAAGAAAGAUUCAGAAUUGGAUAAACACUUGGAAUCACGGGUUGUAGAAAUUAUGGAGAAAUCUGGUGAGGAAGGAACGCCUGAUCUUGCCCAUGUCAUGCGCAUCUUGUCUGCAGAAAAUAUCCCAAAUUUGCCUCCUGGAGGAGGUCUUGCUGGCAAACGCAAUGUUAUUGAAGCUGUUUAUAGUAGACUGAAUCCACAUAGAGAAAGUGAUGGGGGUGCUGGAGAUCUAGAAGACCCAUGUUUCAUCAACCUUCAGUUGCAUAUACAGACAAUUUUUUCACAUUAUGAAUGGCAGUCUUGGGCACAUCCUUUUGUAAGCCUGCUGAAUGCUCUGGUGAGGAGGCAGUGACUGGCACCCUAUCAAGAACCCAGAACUACAAGGGAAAAAAAAGGUUUUUUUGUGGGGUUUUGUCUUGUUUUUAUUUUUUGUAAGCCUGAGAAACCUAAUAUUAUAUAAUUAUAGUGUUUAUAAUGCUGUUAACCUUUACUCUUACAGUCCAUUAGUGGAGGCAGAGAAUAACUGUCAGUGUGCCUUCAGUAUGUGCUUUCCUCAGUUUGUGUGAUAAACACCUGUGGCUUCCUGGCAGCGUUUCUGGUUUAUUCCAGGGUAUCCCAUGGUAAAAGGUGGCUUUGAUCUGCCAUCAUUGUGUACCCUAAAAGCACCAUUUAUCAUAAGUUACUGGAUGUCUAAACAUUUGUAAGACUGUUGGAACUCCAAUUUUUAUGAUUCCCGGAUCUCUUCUGAAAUAAAGGAGUGUUUAUGAUUAAUACGAAAGAAACCAAGUUGGGAACUAGGGUGUUUUUCAUGAAUAUAAUUUUUAAUGCCUUUUAAAUUAGAACCUUUUGGACUUAAUUUAUGUGACUUCCAAGGCCUCUAUUUAAGAAUAUAGAAAAUAAUAAAUUAUUGGUCAGGCAAGGAAGUAGUACUAAUAUUUUCCUCUUAGGUAUUCUAGUGGAGAGAAAUUAACACUUUCAGACAACAGUGCUUCCUCUAGGCAAACUAACCUCAUAAUUUUUACCACUUUUAAAUUGGUUUGCUUUCUGAUUAGAGAGUAGCAAAAAGCUCACUGUACAAUAUGCAUAAUAUUUUAAGAUCAUCUGUUCCACUCAAAAUGUAAGAGGAUUGUUAAGAAAAGAAGGAACAUGUUUUUGAUCCUUGAUUCUAAUUGUGUAUACGAAGGAUCAUUUUUGUUUUUUCAGGGAGAACUGCUGUAAAUGUUUAGCUCAUGAUACAACAAACACCUUUGAAGGCCAGUAAAUACUGCUUUUAAGGAAACCAUGCUGCUGCUUGUUUUGGAGUUUUGGAUAAUUUUCUUAUACUGUUAGAAGAUACAGCAAGUUUCUUAAAGGUGAUGGUUUAACCUGAGAGUGAAUGUUGAAAUAGACCUACUGGAAUCAAAAUUGUGGCAGUUACACUUGGAACUGCUUUAUAGUGUAUUAUGUUUUAGUACACUAUACCUUUAAGACAUAAUUGGAGUUGGCCAGAAUUGGAUUUUUCCUGCACAUUAUAGGAAAUGUGCCUACACUUAUUUUCAUGGCUUUUGAUUUUUUCAUGAGCUGGAAGUUAAGGUGGAGUAUUUCUGUAAUCGUGUGAGGGUGCACUACUCAAUGCUUGUGAAAUCUUUACUAUCAGAAAAAAAAUUGCUGAACUAAAUUACAUGUUUUAACCUUGGUUCACAUUGAAGGCACAACGUUCAGCUGCUGUACAUUUAAAGGGGGAAAAGACUAGCUGCUGAUGCCUACUGUGCAUGAUUAGUAGUUUUACAUCCCCAGCAGUUUUGACAUACGCUACAAAGGUUUGUCAUUUUUAUGUCCUUCAAGUGUAGAACAAUAAAUUUGACAGCUGGAUAGAUUUGUAUAUAUGGGAUUUCAGAAUUGGAAAAAAAAAAAACGUGAAUGCCAGGUGGCCUUUGAGAAAACCACUAUGUUUGGCAGGCUUUACCUGUCGCGUCUGUCUUCUGCCCGUGAGAUUAGCUCUUCAGCCAAAGCUGUGAUGGUCACAGCCACGAUCUUUUCUUCCAGGCUUCAGUCUGUUUUGUGACUUCAGAUGUGCUUGCUUUCCAGGACACUUCUCCAAACGUGUGCACUUGUUUCUUUUUUUUUUUUUUUUUUUUUGUAUUUUCUUAAAGUCUAUAAUCCUGAAUGAGCACUUAUUAGUAGUGGAACUGUCUUAUUUUUUAUUCUUUCUAAUACUGUCCUGUUCUUUACCACUCAGAUACUGGACUGGCUUUUCUAAUGCAGUUUAAUUCCCUGGGAUGUCAUUUUUUUUCUUUUUUUACUCUUUUUAAGUUGGUGUUUUGCCAGGACCUUUAUUCCUAGUAAAGUAAGUUUCUAUUAAAUUAACCUUUUGAGUUGACGUUGGAUUCAUGUAAAAUGUAUAAGGUAUUCCAGUCAUACCUAAAUUAGCUAGAUUAGCCUCCUCUGUUUCAUGAAAUAGGUCUGAUGACUGAGAUUCUUGAAAUUCCCCUUAAUAGUAUGAUGGCAGGUUAGCCCGUUAAUCAAUACUUUGUACAAACUCCUGCAAUAAAUUGAUCCAACUGUCAGCUCUCCCCUUAGGCUUUCUCUAAGGAUUGCAUAGGGUUUCACGUUGUCUGCUGAAAUCUUGUGUAUGACACUGCUUACUUUUACCCUGUUCCUACAGGUCCGUACAAAUUUUGGGUUUUGUUGUUGUUCUUUAUGGUGCCUCUUGCAGUAUUUAUGUGAUUUUGAAAUGGUAAACGUGUCAGAUUUUUGCUCCAGCUGGUGGUUUUUAAACAUUUUCAGAUACAUCUUUUUAAUCAGAUGUGUAUUUUAUACUUUAUGAGGUUUUGUUUUAUUUAUUUUAAGAACUUCAGAUUUUUAAAAAUCAGCACUGUAACUUGAUCUGCAAUCUAAGCUUCGAAUGCAAACAUGCAGGUUGCCCAGAAUAGAACAACGCCACUCAUCUGGGACUCCUAUCCUGCAAGUGGCACAGGAAAGUGUUAUUUUUCUAACUAAACUGUAUAGUCAUACUGCUAUACAUAUCAGGUGGAAGUAAAGCAACUUGGGAAAGGGAUGAUUUUAAAGGAGUAGUUUUUUCUAAUUUAGCGCAGAAGGAAUGUAGGCUAGUAACUGACAGCAACCCUGGAGUCUCAAAUUGCCCUGGGAAAGGGGAUAGUGUAGGUUUUGCUUUUUAUUUAUUUUUUUUUUCCACAUUGUUUCCUACCUGUUUUAUAUCUUGCUUUAUCUUAAAAACUAAAAAAAAAAAAAAAAAAAAAAAAACUUUUAAAAGGAAAAACAACAAAAGCCACAGGUGGCACCUUAGGAUUGUGUCCUGGUUGAUCUAGCUUUGGUUCACAGCACUUAUGCGGACUUGUCAGAACUCAGGGUUCCCUUGACUUCCUCAGUCCCCUGGGCAAGAAACUGGAAAGGAAGGGAAUGUCCCAGAUGUUAACAGCUUUGUACAUUUCUUCAGAUGUACGUGUUAUAUACACAAAGUGUAUGUGUGCCUGUAUAUGAGUGUAUAUGGUAUAUUUCAAUAAAAUUUUGAGAAAAA